AUGCCCGUUUCCGACAAUCUGUAUUCGGCCGACGAUUCAGAUGGAGAAUCUUUUAGUGAAGAAUUGACUCCCACGAAUGGAUAUUUCCAUCGCGGGGAGAUGGCCCCCCGUGCGAUGCUUCACGACCCGCAGCUUCAAGACGACAAAACACCAGAACCGAAGGUGCUAGUUCCUAUACCAAACGCUCGAGGGACCCCAAGACCGUCAACAGCGGCGAAUCAUCCCGCUCUUUCGCAGUUCCCUCCCUUAGGGCCACAUGCGAUGUCAGUGGAAGAUACCAUGUCAAAUGCUACUCCUCUCCCAAGACACACGGAGACUGGGCCUUCCCUCGAGCCCUCUAGAGAACCUAAUGAGCAAGCAGCAAUGGGUGGCCCUCCCCCGGCCUAUACGCGCAACCCUACUCCAAACCCCGUAUUUCAACCCACUUCCUCUAGAUACACUCCAAGUGAUGCUUCGUCGCGGCCUCUUCAGGAGCCCCAAUCACCUAGGAGAUAUAGUACGUUCUCAGAACAACCUCAACUAGAACGCGGAUUUCUGCUUCCCUUACGGACGCCAGAAAGCAUGGGCGGAGAAGCUGGGGGGAAUCUCGACGAGAGGACACCCCUCAGGGGAGAUGAGAGUGUGAAGCCGUCCAGGAGUACUGCCCUUAAGCGUGUAUUCGUUCUUGCGGUCGUAUUUAUUGCGUUAGUUGGAACGAUUGUUACGCUGUUUCAUGUCAAAACCAACAAUUCACCACGUUUAGGUAGACCGACCAAAGAGAGGCUACUUGAUGAUACCGGUCCGUAUUGUUCAUCGGCCACAAUUCGGAGGGACCCCGUCGUGUACGAAUUUCCAGUCGGUGGCGACUUGAAAGUCCUGCAAAUCACUCACGAUAAUGACCGGUCUCGACGAUUAGCAAGAGUGCAAACCACAGGAGAAAUCAGAAUGCGGGCGCUCAAUCAAUCGUUUGAGCACGGCGAUCGGCCACAUUUCACAGUUAACGUUCACGUCAGUGACUCUGCUUUACAGGUCGUGCGAACUUGGGAUGAAUCUUCACGGAUCCUCAAGAUCAGUACUCCCAAAUACGCGGAUCUCGACCCCUCAAUAUCACAUUGUAUAUCACUUGAGAUCACUGCUUGGGUCCCAGAAGGUGCUGUAUUUGAAGACAUUAGCUUAGGAAGUAUUUCACUUGAUACCAGGAUUAUCGACGACAUUGAUAUCAAUGUGUCUGGUGAAACCAAGAUCGCUUCAAUAAGUGGUGAUAUUUGGUUCCCCCUGUUGGAAGACAUGGCGUUGCUACCUGUUGAAAAAAUAGCCCGCUCGCAUUUGCCUGUAGUAAUGGAUGGCUCGGAGACCUACACCCAAGAUCUGCUCUUGAGCUUAUCCACCCCCGACCCAAUACAUCCAUUUGCAUCCCGUCGAAUCUUGGUAGAGACUGUUACUGGCGAAAUAAAUGGCGUGUACCCACUCUUGGAUUUCCUAGGACUUUCUUCGCAAUCUGGAUCUAUCAGCGUUGGGGUACUUCCGCAAAAGGUGCUUCCAGAUGCCCCAGCUCCAGCUGAUUUAGAGGUACAAACCGCGUCCGGAUCGAUUCAGAUAAGUGUACCUGUCGCAAGCGAGGUCAAUCCCGAUUAUAUCAUCCCGCCUCGCAAUUAUAUUACGAAUGUGCACUCGAAUUCGGGAGCCAUCAGAGGGUUUUUCUAUCUUGGAUCAUUGGGAAGCUUCAAAAGCACCACGGGAAGCUUGAAACUACGCACUUUACCCAUCAUACCCUCAGAAGACUCAGGAAGCGUCAUAUAUCCUUGCCGCUUCGAGACACAUACCGUGAGCGGUAGUACUGAUGUCGAAGUUCUUGAUCCCAUUUUCAUCGCUCGCAUUUCAUCGGCAGAACAAACUGUCGGUAAAGCAACUCCAGCACCAGACUUCUACAAUCCAAUCGGCGAUCAUGAGCCAUACCUGACCAUCCCGCCCACCCGAGCCCUCUAUCGACACUCAGCUAUACUUUCAGUUAAGAAACUUCGUACUCUUCAGUCAAAGCACACUUCCAACUCCGCAAGCGUAGCCGUCGUCUACCCCAGCGGCUGGGAGGGUUCUGUACAUGCGAAGACUGUGUCGGGAGACAUCACUGUUAGUGGAAGUGGCGUCCGAACUAUCAGAGAGAGAAAGGGCUGGGCCUAUAAAGAGAUUCUUGCUAGAAAAGGGGUAGAUCAUGCUGAGCAGGGAAGCAUGGCGGAGAUGAGCGAUAUUGCUGGGGAUUUACGAUUCAAAAUUGGGAAUACAUAUUGA